AUACUGAAUGUUGCCAAGUCGAUAAAGGGUUCAAGUAAAAAGCCUACUCUUGAGUGUUCUAUCCUCCUGGCUUCCAAUCAGGGUGAUAUUGGAUCCGAGCCAUGGGUAUUCGGAUGUAGGCAUGAUUGCGUCGAAGCAGAGAUCAGCGACACAAGCUGGUGCGGAGACGAGGUCAAAGCGAUGAGGCGGAGGAACAAUUCAGGUCAGGUUGUGCCUUUUUACGACGGAUCUACUUCUCUGACGCACAUCUACGAGGCGCAGGCUAGUUUCACCAUCUGUCCGUUGGGCUCUAUCUCAGACCUAAGUGGUCACUACAACGACUUGAUAUUCAUCCCUGCAUGGCCAUAA